CGUGGAAUGAGCAUUCCAUGUGUCCUCCUAGGCAUGAAUGAAGUGACCUGGCAGGAGACCAGAGGAAUGAUGCAUGCGAACAUUGGUCAGGAAGCCAGUGGGGUUGGAAUAGGGGUUGCCCCAGCUGGAACAGUAGGUGGAAGAACAGCAGGGCCUGGGCCUGGAACUUCAGGGCCCAGUUCAGGUGGAAACAAUCCUCACACCAUACUUACAGCUACAGUGUCAGGUGCUUCCAAUGUCCAGGUACCCUUCAGUGGACGGUCUCAGGAUGAUGCCAGAGUUGGAUAUUUCUUCCAGAGGCAGGCUGGUGAGCAGUUGAGUGGCUACUCCAGCAAACAUCGCUGGCCCACAGGAGAUAGCAUUCAUGUAGAUCAUUCGGUUCGAUCUGUGGAUGAGAUGAAUCAUGAGUUUCAAGCUCUUGCACUAGAAUCUCGGGGAAUGGGAGAGCUGUUACCUGCCAAAAAGUUUUGGGAACCUGAUGAUUCAGCAAAAGAUGGACAAAAAGGGAUAUUCCUUGGUGAUGAGUGGAGAGAGACUGCAUGGGGAACUCCUCACCAUUCUAUGUCCCAGCCUAUUAUGGUACAGAGAAAGCCUGGACAGGGUUUUCAUGGAAACAGUGAAGUAAAUGCUGUAUUGUCUCCUCGAUCAGAAAGUGGUGGCCUUGGAGUGAGCAUGGUAGAAUAUGUGUUAAGUUCCUCUCCAGCAGAUAAAUUGGAUUCCCGGUUUAGGAAAGGAGCUUUUGGCACUAGAGAUGCUGAAACAGAUGGACCUGAGAAAGGAGAUCAGAAAGGAAAGGCUUCUCCAUUUGAGGAGGACAAAAACAGAGAUCUUAAACAAGGAGAUGAUGAGGAUGUUACUAAAAUAAAUGUCAGAGGUUUGCCAAAUGGAAUGGAUGCCGAUUGCAAAGAUUUUAAUCGUACUCCUGGAAGCCGACAAGCCUCCCCAACAGAAGUAGCUGAGCGCCUGGGUCCUAACCCUAACUCCACAGAAGGAUUAGGUCCACUUUCCAAUCCUACUGCCCACAAACCUUUGGUAGAAGACUUUUCAAACUCAGAAACUCAGAAUCUGGAUGCCAUGGAACAAAUUGGUCUUGAUUCUUUACAGUUUGACUAUCCUGGCAAUCAGGUACAAAUGGACUCCUCAGGAGCUACUGUAGGACUUUUUGACUACAGUUCUCAGCAGCAGCUUUUCCAGAGAACUAAUGCGCUAACUGUCCAGCAGUUAACAGCAGCCCAGCAGCAACAGUACGCAUUGGCUGCAGCUCAGCAGCCACACAUAGCAGGGGUAUUCUCAGCAGGCUUGGCUCCAGCUGCUUUUGUGCCAAACCCGUACAUUAUCAGUGCCGCUCCUCCAGGUACUGACCCAUACACUGCAGCAGGGAUAGCUGCUGCAGCAACACUAGCAGGUCCGGCAGUGGUCCCUCCUCAGUACUAUGGAGUUCCAUGGGGGGUAUAUCCAGCCAAUUUAUUUCAGCAGCAAGCUACAGCUGCAAACACCACAGCAAAUCAACAGGCAGCAUCACAAGCACAAGGACAGCAACAGGUUCUGCGUGCUGGAGCAAGUCAGCGCCCUCUUACUCCCAAUCAGGGUCAGCAAGGGCAACAGGCAGAGUCACUUGCAGCAGCUGCGGCCGCAAAUCCAGCUUUGGCUUUUGGUCAGGGUCUUGCUACAGGCAUGCCAGGCUAUCAAGUACUAGCCCCUACUGCCUAUUAUGAUCAGACUGGUGCCUUAGUAGUAGGCCCUGGAGCAAGAACUGGCCUUGGAGCACCAGUCAGAUUGGUGGCCUCAACUCCUGUUAUAAUUAGUUCUGCAGCAGCACAAGCAGGCACACCCCUGCAAAUGCUGCUGCUUCUCAAAGCUGCAGCAGCUUCAGCUGGAGGAACAGCAAACAAUCUCGCGGGAGCCACGAACGGUCUAUUUCGGCCACUUGGUGCCCAACCACAACAGCCGCAGCAGCAAACAAAUAGUAGUCUACAAUCUAAUUCAUUUUAUGGCAGUAACUCUUUGACCAAUAACUCCCAGAGCAGUUCCCUUUUUUCACAUGGUCCUGGCCAACCAGGAAGUACAUCUCUUGGCUUUGGAAGUAGCAGCUCCUUAGGAGCAGCUAUCGGCUCUGCACUUGGCGGAUUUGGCUCAUCAGGAGGGCUGACAAAUGGUAGUGGUCGCUAUAUCUCUGCAGCACCCGGAGCAGAAGCAAAGUAUCGCAGUGCCACGAGUACCUCCAGUCUUUUUAGCUCCAGCAGCCAACUCUUCCCUCCUUCACGUCUUCGUUAUAGUAGGUCUGAUAUUAUGCCCUCUGGACGCAGUAGGUUGCUGGAAGAUUUCAGAAAUAAUCGCUUCCCUAACCUUCAACUAAGAGACCUUGUUGGACAUAUAGUUGAAUUUUCUCAAGACCAGCAUGGUUCGAGAUUCAUACAGCAAAAGCUAGAACGAGCUACUCCAGCUGAGCGCCAGAUGGUAUUUGUUGAGAUUCUGCAAGCAGCAUAUCAGUUGAUGACUGAUGUAUUUGGAAACUAUGUAAUACAGAAAUUUUUUGAGUUUGGAAGCCCGGAUCAAAAGUUAGCCCUAGCAACACGCAUACGUGGUCAUGUUCUGCCAUUAGCCCUACAGAUGUAUGGUUGUCGGGUUAUUCAGAAAGCACUAGAAUCUAUCUCACCUGACCAGCAGGUAAUUAAUGAAAUGGUGAAAGAGUUGGAUGGUCAUGUUCUGAAAUGUGUGAAAGAUCAAAAUGGAAACCAUGUUGUACAAAAAUGCAUUGAAUGUGUCCAGCCACAGUCACUCCAGUUCAUCAUUGAUGCUUUCAAAGGACAGGUGUUUGUGCUUUCAACUCAUCCGUAUGGCUGCAGAGUAAUUCAGCGUAUUCUGGAGCACUGCACUGCUGAGCAGACUUUGCCCAUUUUAGAAGAAUUGCAUCAACACACAGAACAGCUUGUGCAGGAUCAAUAUGGAAAUUAUGUUAUCCAACAUGUGCUGGAGCAUGGUCGUCCUGAAGACAAGAGUAAAAUAGUUUCAGAAAUAAGAGGAAAAGUUCUAGUUCUGAGUCAGCACAAAUUUGCCAGCAAUGUGGUAGAAAAAUGUGUAACUCAUGCAUCUCGUGCUGAAAGAGCUCUACUUAUUGACGAGGUUUGUUGCCAGAACGAUGGUCCUCACAGUGCCUUAUACACCAUGAUGAAGGACCAGUAUGCCAACUAUGUUGUUCAGAAGAUGAUUGAUAUGGCUGAACCUGCGCAACGGAAGAUUAUAAUGCACAAGAUUCGACCCCACAUUACAACUCUGCGUAAAUAUACCUAUGGCAAACACAUACUGGCCAAGUUAGAGAAGUAUUACGUGAAGAACAGUACUGAUCUGGGGCCAAUCGGAGGACCACCAAAUGGGAUGCUGUAAAAGACCAUGCAUACAGGCAGCAACUUGAAUGAAGAAAAAUUUAAUUGUGAAUUAUCAAAACCCACAACUUAACUAUAAAUGUUCUGAUUUUUUUAAAUCUAUUUAUUGACUCUGUUCAUCCAUUUGUAAAAUUUUUAUUGUUCUUGUGUAUAUUUUUGGGGAGUGAAUUAUAAAAUAUCUCCAGCCCUGGCCCGGAGACCUAUCAGAUUGAACUGCUGACAAAGCACAGAAUGCCUGUAUAUGAUGUAAUUGUAUCAAAAUAGCUGUCACAUAUUUUGUAAAUUUUUACCUUGUAAAGUCACUGAAAAAUAGUUUUUAAAGGGAAAAAGUACAUUAUUCUUUUAAUACACUGGCUUGCAAUCUGGUAGGUCUACCCACUAUCACAGCACAACAGGUUUCUAGAGUUGUAAAUAGAAUGUCUCCCUCUUCCCCCCCGCCCCCAACGUGUGGAGUCUUUUUAUACCAGAUUAAAAUUGAUCAACUGCAUAAAUAUUAUUUAACAUGUUACAGAAAGUUAAGUUGUAUUUUGGUGGUUCACAACAUAUUAUCCAAAUAGCAAAAAGGACACAGCAGACUAAAGUAGGGAUUGAAAAAACAAUGGGAACUUUAAAGACAAGCAUCUGUCAUUUGCUGUGGACAUGAUUUUUUUUAAAAAUGCAAUGCCCUAAUAUUUUCUCUAGCAAUGUAUUAAAAAAAAAAAGUGAUGUAUAUACUUAUAUAUUGUUGUACAAGGUAGAGGAAUAAAAUCAUGGUGGUACUUCCAUAAAAUAAAGUACUGUCUGAAUAGAAAAUAAUCCUGCAUUAACUUUACAGUCAGUUUUGCAAUGCGGGAAGAGUAGAGUUUUGUAUUUUUUUAAUUUGCAUAUAGAAUUGUAAGACAUGAUUUGAAAAUGUUGAGCAUUUAUUUUGCUUUCUCACAGUAGAUGCAAAAAAGUAGGUAUUGUUGGAGGAGAAAAGGGGCCACUGAAUAGUAAACUUGAUAGCUCAACAUGUAAGCAUGAUUAAAUAUUCAGAUAGCUUUUUUGCUUCCUAUAAAUAUAUGCAUUGUAUACGUGUAGUUAAUAGGUGUAAGUUUACAGUUUGAAAACAAAUCUCUUGUUUCGAUGUUUAUUACAAGCCUUGCUAAUUUAGUAGUGAUGCUUACCUUGGUUGUACAGAUGUACAUUUGUAAACCUUCAUGCUGUAAAUGUAAUUUGUUUUACCCCUUUUGGGGACAAAAAUUUGCAUUUUAGUGUAUAUUCAUAUCCCCCUCCCCUCUUUGCCUUGGCAUAUAGUGUUGUAUAAUGUAAAUUUAUUUCAACAAAUCAAGAGUGAUUUUUUAAAAAUUCUAUCUUUAUAUGGUUUCAGAAAUAUGAACCAGCUUUCUUUUUAUCUAUUGUGAGAAACAUUAUGUUUUCUUUAUAACAUAGCUGUUGAUUCUGUUAAUAUGGACAUUUUGGGAAAUGAAUCAAUUGAAAAUUUAAGUCAGGAUAAUAAGAAUAGUAAACAAGAAAUGGACUGAAAUAUUUGGUUACCCGAGAAACCAAUGCUUCUUCCAUCUUAAUAAAUGUGGCAUGAUUUUUUUGUACAGAAGAGUACUGUAUUUUUGAAUAGCCUACUCCCAACCUAAAUCAAAUAUGUAUGAUACUGUCAAUUUUUUCUCUGGACAUAUGACAUUGUAACAGUAACAUGAAGAUGAUGUACAUUUACAAGCGGCCUUAUGUACAUUUCCCAAUGAUCUUUUUAAGGCAGAAUUGUGACCAUAUGUGUAUAAUUAAAAUCCUUUUUAAUCCUUUGCCUAUGGAAAUAUUUUGGAAAAAAGCUUACUUUCAGUUUCUGAAAGAUGAAGAAAGUGCUUGUAUUUUGUUGAAGCAAGUAUUUUGUGUAGAACAUUAAUUUUGAUGGCAUAACUUUUUUUUAAUCUACAAGCUAUUGGGUUCUAUGUCUUGAGCAUUGAUCACAUAAGUCUGUUAUGGUAAGGCUCUGAUGAGGAAAAAAGAACCAGCAGUGGUAUAAUCUUGUAUAUAGAGUUCUGUCAUCUUACUGUUCAUAUCAAAAUCUAUAGAAGUUUCCUUGCAGCAUAAAAUUGUAGGUGUUCUGUAUCUUUUUGUUGUAUUCUUGUAGAAUUAAUUUAACAAAACAGCUUGCUGAAAGUUAGUCUGGCCUACGUCUGAGACUGUGGAUCUGUCAUUAAUGCCCUCCUCAGUAAUCCAGUGGUUAGCUUCAUAAGCACAGUUCUAAUUUCCAUUCUAGUUAUUCGUUACAUGAAGAUUAGUUUUCAGCACCAGACUUUCUCUCUGCUAGAAGCAGAACCCCAAUCAUCUUGAGUUGGGGCUUUCCCUCAAAAUACAUAAAACGGCCUUGAAGAUUCUGCCUUAUUGGCACAGGAGAUGGGAAUCCAAAGUUUCACUUUGAGAUGAUAUUUUGCAAUUUCUCUGUUCUGUCCUUUGUACAAACUGUGUGCAUAUGUUACAAUGUACAAUGCUGACAUUCACCUCAGUUAGUGCUACACUGAACGCAAUGCUGCUGGGUGUGUUUAUAAUGGAUGCAUCAUGCACUCUUAUGCAGAAGCUGACAUCACCAUUCCAGUACUUCCAGCCCCCUGCCAGCCUCUUCUACCAUGGUUGGCUUUAAACAGGGUCUUCAAGCUGUAACACAUUCAGCAGCCACUGAAUCAUCUUCUCCCAAUCACUUUCAUAACAGAAUUUUUUGACCCAGAAGAGCUGCAAGCACCUGAAGAUCAAUUCCCUUCCCCUCACCCUCCUUCAAUACAUAGUAAGUGUAUUGAGGUUUGGAUAGAAUCACUAGGCUUUUUUUCUCAAGUGUCUCCUUUUGAUAUGGAUUGUUUAUGGACCAAUUUGUUGAGUCUGAUUAGGUCUGUCUCCUGCUCCUUGUGGUUCAUAAUGAAUAAUGUAAUGUUCAUUUGUAUAUGCUGUAAAAACAAAAUGAAAAUGUGAAUAACACUGUGAAAUAUA